AUACACAGCACACAUAUAUUAUGUAAACAAAAACUUUUAUUUUGGAUGUGAUUUAAUCGUUUGACAGCACUUAUUUAUUUCAGGUAAAGAAAUAUUUUUCCAUGCUUUUAAUUUCAGCUUUAGUUAACUCUAAUAACUCUGCUGGAGUCCAUUUUCGAGGCCUGGAUUCAGUCUGUGUUUUCUGCCUCCUGGAAAUCUCUCCACUAAAGGAAGCUCAUACUCCGUUUGUCACAGUGAGAUGCUCAGAAGCGUCCUCAGAAGUGAGCGAUGGCUCUUGCUGCUCAGGUAGUGAGUGUUUGUGCACAUUCCUGCUGGGUCGUUUGGAGACGCCGCUAGUAAUCCCCGGCGAGCGAGCGUUCAGCUCUGUCCUCGGCGCUGACCGUGUUCCUGCAGAGAGGCCCCGCCUGCAGCUCUUCUCUCCCUAAACGGGCCCCUCUGACGGGAUUUAGGGCCCCCCGUUCCUCUGCAUCUCCCGCCUGCCAGCUACGAGCCUUUUCUUUUCCUAGCGAGCGCUAAAACGAGGUCUAAAGUUCAGCGUCUCUGAUGUGCAGAUCUGGGUCGAGCCCAACAUUUGGAAAGCGUUUCUUGUUGUUUUUUUUCUUCCCGGGGCAGAGCUGCAGUUUUUCUUCUUCGGUGGCGUGGGAGUCUGAAUUCCAGCGGAUUCUGGCCGGAUCUGAUCUGGGAUCAGCAUUGAGGCGUAACGCUGGUAAACGCUGCUGCGUUCGACUGUUAGCAGCAAACUUUCCAGAAUGUGAUGGACCCCAUGGCCGUGAGCACGUCCGCGACGGGUCAGGAUGAGUUUGACCGCAACGCGCCGCGGAUCUGCGGAGUGUGUGGAGACAAGGCCACCGGAUUCCACUUCAACGCCAUGACCUGCGAGGGCUGCAAGGGCUUCUUCAGACGCAGUAUGAAGCGCAAGGCAAGCUUCACCUGCCCGUUCAAUGGGAACUGCACCAUCACCAAAGACAACCGGCGUCACUGCCAGGCCUGCCGUCUGAAGCGCUGCGUCGACAUCGGCAUGAUGAAGGAAUUCAUUCUGACAGACGAGGAGGUGCAAAGGAAGAAGGAUCUGAUCCUGAAGCGGAAGGAGGAGGAAGCGGCGCGGGAGGCGCGGAAACCUCGUCUGAGUGAGGAGCAGAUGCAGAUCAUCAACACGCUGAUGGAGGCGCAUCACAAGACCUACGACGACUCCUACUCCGACUUCGUCCGAUUCAGGCCUCCGGUCCGUGAGGGUCCGGUCACCCGCAGCGCCAGUCGAGCCGCGUCUCUUCACUCGCUGUCAGACGCCUCAUCAGAUUCAUUCAACCAUUCACCAGAGUCUGUGGACACUAAGCUGAACUUCAGUAAUCUGCUGAUGAUGUAUCAGGACAGCAGCGGCAGUCCGGACUCCAGCGAGGAGGACAACUCACGCCUGUCCAUGUUACCGCAUCUCGCCGACCUCGUCAGCUACAGCAUCCAGAAGGUCAUCGGAUUCGCCAAGAUGAUCCCUGGAUUCAGGGACCUGACGGCAGAAGAUCAGAUCGCUCUGCUCAAGUCCAGCGCCAUCGAGAUCAUCAUGCUGCGCUCCAAUCAGUCCUUCAGUCUGGAGGACAUGAGCUGGAGCUGCGGAGGACCGGACUUCAAAUACUGUGUCAAUGACGUCACCAAGGCGGGUCACACUCUGGAGCUGCUGGAGCCGCUGGUAAAGUUUCAAGUGGGUCUGAAGAAGCUGAACAUGCAUGAAGAGGAACAUGUGCUGCUGAUGGCCAUCUGUCUGCUGUCUCCAGAUCGGCCCGGUGUUCAGGACCACGCUCGGAUCGAGGCGCUGCAGGAUCGCCUGUGUGACGUCCUGCAGGCUUACAUCCGGAUCCAUCACCCCGCCGGCCGUCUGAUAUACGCCAAGAUGAUCCAGAAGCUGGCAGACCUGCGCAGCCUCAACGAGGAGCACUCCAAGCAGUACCGCUCGCUGUCCUUCCAGCCCGAGCACAGCAUGCAGCUGACGCCGCUGGUGCUGGAGGUGUUUGGCAGCGAGGUGUCCUAGCGUCCGAGAGCCCCCCGGCAGCUGACGGGACACCGCUAGAGCGUCACCCGUCACGCCCCGGGGGGCUACAGCAAUGCGCACGCGAGCGAGGGCGAACGGUGCACAGGUCUGGAUAACGUCUCGGGAUUCCCGCUUUUAAGCUACCGGGGGAUUCCCGAAAGGAAUGUAUUAAUAAUGUAUGGAUAGAACGAUGCAUAGAAACUAAUAUUUAUAUUUAAGAGAGAGAGAGAGAGAGAGAGAGAGAGAUGGUUUGUAUUAAAUGAAAACGUAUGGCCAGGUGAUCCUCUGUUGUAAUAGGAUUAGCAGGCUCUUCUAGUUCAUGUGCAUAGAUGAGUGUGUGUGUGUGUGUGUGUGUGUGUGUGUGUGUGUGUGUGUGUGUGUUUGAGAGAGACGUACACAAGUUGACAAAUUAAAUGCAAUUCAAAUACACAAUGGCUCUGUUCCAAAAUCUAGUGAGUGCCCUACGUAGGCGGCAUUUCAAGAUAUCAUAUGUGACCCUAGAGCACAGUAAUGAGUAGCACAGGUAUAUUUGUCGCAAUAGCCAACAAUACACUGUAUGGGUCAAAAUUAUCCAUUUUUCUUUUAUGCCAAAAAUCAUUAGGAUAUUAAGUAAAGAUCAUGUUCCAUGAAGAUAUUUUGUAAGUUUCCUACCGUAAAUAUAUCAAAAUGUAAUUUUUGAUCAGUAAUAUGCAUUGCUAAGAGCUUUAUUUGGACAACUCUAAAGGCGAUUUUUCUCAAUAUUUCGAAUCAUUAUUUUUUUUUUUUUGCACUCUCAGAUUCCAGAUUUUCAGCUUUCAGAUGAUGCAUAAAUCUCAAUUUCAAAAAAUUGACCCUUAUGUCUGGUUUUGUGGUCAAGGGUCACCUGUGCGCGAAUAUAUGCGUCCAUAUCACACUCUGGAUGCAGUGCCAUAAUGCAUAAAGUGUGGAGGAGAAAAAAAAAAAAACAGAUUGCAGGGGCAUAGGAACAAUUUGAAUGUUUUAAUCAGUAGCAUUGUUAAAGUUCAAAAAAUAUGAAAUCAUGUAAUUUUCUUUACCAUGUCUGUUAUGGAUUUGCUUCUACACACGAGAAUUAUUGAUUAUAAAUUGACUUAUAAAUAAUUAUAAAUGUAUAUAAUAAUAUAAAAUCAUAAUAUAAAUUAUAACUAUUCAUUAUUCUAAUUAUUUAUAAUUAAUUUACGUUAUAUAAAUGAUAUUAUUAUAUAAAUGUAUAAUCUGAGAUGUUUAUUAUUAAUAGUGUUAUUAUAAUAUAAUAUUAUAAUUAUUUAUAGUUAAUUAUAAUUUUAUAUAUUGUAAUUAUAAAUAAUUAUAAUUUUAUAUUAUUAUAUACAUUUAUAAAUUGUUUAGAAUUUAUAUAAUUAGUUUUGCAAAAUGAUUAUUCUUUUUUUUUUUUAUAUAUAUAAAUGUUUUUUAGAGUGGCACAUUGUUAGAUUAGUAACAUACCAGUGUCUAUUUCUAUUGAAAUCCGUUGCAAGUCAGGUCAAGCGCUAUUUGCAUGAGUUGCUGCCUAUGUAGUGUGUUCAGAAUGAGGUUCCUUUUCAGAACAUUUUGGAGUUUACUGGGUUUUGGGACAGUGGCCACUUUUACUAACUUUUACGAUUGGCUUGGUUGAUAUAUUGAUCUGUUUGUAUGAGUGUAUGUUGAGGGCGGAUGCAUUAUAGACAUACACUACAUACACACACACACACACACACACACACUUUAAACUGAGAGAGGAGGCCUGACUGUAGGUCUAAUGUCUGUAUAGAAAGGAUCUUAGUUGACCACAAGAGAGCUGAAGCGCAGACACCGGCCCCAGAGAUCAGCCCGAAUGCUGCUCGACAUUAUUUAUCAUUCAUAACAAGGCUAUCCGGCUGCUUCGACCUCAUAUUACCUGGAUCUUCAGUGGAUUUAGUUCAAGACAAGGCCUUGCUUUACCGUCUAUCAGAUAUCUUGACAUCAAAUUAUACAGACCCGCUUCACUGUAGUCCGUCACUAGUGCUGGAUUUUGAAGAGCUUUUAUUAUUUUUGUCAUGCCAUGUCUUCAAACGUUGGGCCACAUUCAUGAAACGUGAGCAAAAUUGUCCAUCAACCAUUUUACAUGUAAAUUGCGACAAUGCCGAACAUUUCCAUACUCAAAUGGUUCGUAAAACCAUGUUUUUGGAAGGGUCUAUGUAAAUUGUUGCACAAGUGCACCAAUUUUCAUGCAUUUCCAAAAAAUUUUCUCAACUCGACUGUUUUAUAAACUAAUUCCACUAAUUUUCCCCCAUUCCAGAAGUUUUUGCGCUGCUCUCUUGUGGUCAUGAGCUGUAAAUACCACUCGUAUUGUUUCUGUACAUAAAAGAUAGGCUAAUACAGUUAAUCAGCUGAAAAGAAGCUUGGGAGAAAUAUGCAAAUCUGAUAUUUUCAUAUGUUUUGGUGUCUUUUUCUCUCUCGGAUGACAUAAUAAGCUUUUACGACCGUAUCUAUCCCUGAUGCUUUUAGGUGCGAAUUCCACAUCGAACUUUAUUGUUUAUAAACGAUUAUCAUGGCUUAGUUUUGUACGGAUUCUGAGACAUCAAGCAGGUUAUAUUUUUAUUUCCGCAAAUCGACGAGACAUCUCAACCAGGCUGCUGCUGAGCUGCAUUAGCUGUUUCCGCGUUCGCAAACUCAACUCAAAACUGGUGCUUUAGUUUUGUUUUUGCUACAACCGCUGCCUCAAACCAGCCAAUCUGACACACACACACACACACACACACACACACACACAACAGUCCGUUCAAAGGACUCAACGAAGCUUUAACAUUACCGCGGGUGAAACGGGAAAAGAGGAGCUCGUCCAGACGUUGGCUGCUAACGAAAAAAACGGCGAUGCCCUGUUCAUCUCAGCUGGAAGGAUCUUCGAGAGUUGGAUGAACACCGUCCUCUAAUGGCGAAACCGUCUUGCGGACGAUAAACUGGAUUGCAGAUACAUGUAUGUACCAGUUACGAUAAGCUUCGUUUGGAUUAUACUAGUUUUGCUAGCGCUAAAGAACAUUGGAUUAUCAGCCGUUGAGUGUUUUCGCAACUGCGAACGCCCCUUUUCACCCUCAGAUCCAGAUCCUGGAUCGCUUGCAUCCGAUCAACAAGGGAAAUAAACCGGCAACCUCUUCGUCCCGCUCUGGAUUUUCACAGGAGGCUUUGCCCUCGUCACCUCAACCAAGCUACAAAAGAAAGGACCUCCAACUGUGAGAGUCCUACAAGGUUUGCUUCAUUGGGUGUCAACGGAUGGACGUUAUGAAUGGAAAAACGGGGGUUUCUGCCGCUCCGGUGUCCGUUGAUCAGUAUUUUCAUGAGGGGGAGUUUAUCGUAAAAAAAUAUUUUCUUCGUAUUUUUGUCUUAUUUUCUAGUAUAAAUAUCUAAAAAUUCUUGAAUCAGGAUGCAUUUACUUGACAAGUAAAAUAACUUAAGAUAUUUUGUUUUGUUUUCUGAAAAUAUUAUCCAAAUUUUGUUAGUUUUUGCUUAAAAUUAGGAACGAAACGAUGAAAAUCGAUUCAAAUAUGUGACGAUGAAAAUCGGUUGAGAUGCUAAACAAAUCGCGAUACAGUUGGAGUAGGAGUUUAUAUGAAUGCAUCUCUGACUGUCUUUAGGAAAGUUUACGCGGUAUUUUCUUUAUCUUGCCUCUGAACGAUGCGUAUUAAAGUGGUAUUCAUAAGCGGUAACCAAGGAAACGCUGUAUCAUUGCUGUUCAUAAGCGCCACCUGCUGGCAGAGAGUGAAUCUGUUUCGUUCAGAUGUGUUUUAUGUAUCGUUUCACAAAACUAAAGUCAGAACAUUCUGUGUUUGCUUCAAAUUUCGAAAUUAUACAGUCUCUAAUUUACAUUAAAAACUGCUCAUGCUGUAUGUACGCUGCAUCUUUUUUUGGAUUGUGAUUAAAAUGCAGUGGUUGCCUCAUUUUAAAUGGAAGAGCUCAGAAAAAGCCAUAGUUUGUUCAUAUUAAGAUAUUUCUUUUAUUUGUGCAACUUGCUUAUUUGAUUUGGGGUUUGUUUUAAAAUUUCAAUUUAGUUUUGUUAUAUUUCAAUUUCACAUUUUUCAAUUUCUCAUUUUGUUAAAAAAAAAAUGGUGAGAAAAUCGAAUCGUGAAAGCAAAAAUAUCUGCCAGUGGGGUAAGAAAAAUAAUCUUAAUUCAAAGACUAAACAACUUAUUUUUCUUACCCCAUUGGCAGAUAGCUUUACUUGUUUUAAGCAAAAACUAACAAAAUUUGGAUAAAAUUUUCAUAAAGCGAGACAAAAUGUCUCAAGUCAUUUGACAUAUCAAUUAAAUGCAUCCUGAUUCAAGAAUGUUUGGACAAAAAUACAAAGGAAGAAUUUUUUUUUUGCAGUGUAGAAGAACAUCAUCUGGACUGUCUAUGCACUUUGGAUCAGUUAUUGUUCAUUUUUGCAUCCACACGGAUCAUGAAGAGUUUGUUCUUCUCUGUUGGAUGUUCUUGGCUGAAUUGAUGGUGAAAGACCAACCUAGCGCUUCAGGUGUUUGCGAAGCUUUAGGUCGGUCUUGCGCCGCACAGCUAGACUUAAGAAACCCAUCGCUCGUGCUGCACUUUUCCUCCGAGAGAUCGUCGAUUUUUGGAAGCCGCGUGGGUUACUUGAGUCGAGCUGAAGGAUAUUUCACGUUCAUGUACGUACGACGAAGUGGGUGAACGAAUUGUUGAUGACUGUCUGAAUGCUGAUUGUUUAAGGACAACACAAACCACCAGGUGCCGUUGUUAACCAAAAUGAACUACCUCUCUCAUUCAUUCAUGUAAUCAUCACACAUUUCAAUGUUUGUUUUUGUUUUUUCUUCAUUUUUUUUUUAAGAAACACUAAAUCUUCUACUUAUUUAUUCCUCUCCGACUCAAAUGCUGGACUGUUUACCUCAAAACGUCUCCAUAAGCCUGCAGCUUAAACGGUGCUUCACUGCCUCACCGGUGGCUAAAAGCCCAUUUCUUGAUGUGCUACGUUAUCUCUGUUAUGCUAACAACAUGGCGGUUGUAUGCACAGAAAGUUGGCGCACCUCCCCAAGACGCAUGUUGAGCGUUUCCAAUUGAAACGCUCACAUCUUGGCGCAUUUGUCGCGGGGAGAUGUUCCUGCUAGCCUGACCGCUAGUAUCCGUCAGUAUUUACUCUUUCUCAUGCAGAAUGUCAAAGCAUUGACAACCAAGCUAGCUAAUCCCAAAGUAUCCUCAAUAAGCUAGUGUAAAGUAUCGUCUGUUUUACAGCGCUAUCAUGAACUCUCUGUCGUUUAGCAUCGGAAAACUGUGUAUAUCUACAUGACCGGGCAUUGCAGAUGUUUGCUUUGCAUGUGUAUUGAAGUUUGCAUCUGUAUUAGUAACGGCUCACAACUCUGCCUCUGGCGCCCUCUAGCUGCUCUCUUCAGCCUUUUCUUGCCUAUUUCUCUAAAUCUCUUUGUCCCUAUGGUCUGGCCAGAUUCUUUAACCCAUGUGGGAACUCAAUCAAGGGUGGCAUGAAGCAUAUCUGACUCCCCUCACAUUAUUAUUAUUAUUAUUAUUAUUAUUAUUAAUAAUAAUAAUGACAACAAUAAUAAUAGUGAUAAUAAUAGUUUUAUUGUUAAUAAAAUGCUAAAAAGUUUAAUGAUAAUUAGCACUAAUAAUAAUAAUAAUAAUAAUAAAUAUAUUACUUAUAAUAGUAAAAUAUUAUUUAAUAGUGCUGCUAUUAUUUUGUUGUUAUUUUAAACAACAAUAAUAAUAACAAUAAUAUUUUGUAUUAUUAUUUUAAAAAUAAUGCUGGUAUUAUUUUUAUUAAUAAAUGCUUGUAUUAUUGUUUACAAUAUUAAUUAUAAUAAUAGUAAUAAUUAAUGCUACUUCUAUUAUUAUAAUUAUUUUUUAGCAAGAAUAAAAGCAUUUAUUUUUUAAAUAAUAAUAAUUGAUUUAAUAAUAAUUAAUGAUCCAAUGUUAUUUAUUCCAUUGUUUCAUUUUGUCUAGAUGUUUUUGAACACAUUCUUGUAUACACCUGCCAAACAUUGCUCUUCCAGUUUUAUCUGGUUUUGAUUGGGCCAUCCAUGUGGACACGCCCCUUUCUCCUCCUCUCUGGUCUCUCCCUCAUCUAAAGCUCAUCUAAAGCUCACUUUUUAUUCACUAAACCUUCACUGUCAUUCUGCCAUUCAUCCAUCCAUUUUUCCCUGAACUACACACACGAACGUACAGAUUCGCCACCAGCAUUUACUUUACAGACAGAAAUACUUUCUUCAGCGUAGAAGUCGUGUUGUUGUUUUUUUUGAGUGACGGAGAGACUGGCGGAUUACUGCUCAGUGUUUGGACACUAUUUGAAGUUGAUUCUCCACGCUAGCUCCGCUAAAGACCUCUGUGUGCCUACACCCCAAAGCCUUAUUUUGGGAGCGUGUCAGGGUUUGGGUGUUAGUUUCAAUGCAGUUUGUGAAGUUCUGCCCAGUUUGUGAAGUUCAUUGGCGAGAUCGAGGCUCACAGUCGGACUGUUCGGAAAUUACUUAUGAAUCUCAGGCCAGAAACACUUUACUGAAGUAUGGGUUCUUGAAUGAGAACAAAAUGUAGAGUGGGAAUUGAAUUCGUCCAUUGGGAAUCGAUUGGAUCGUUGUCGUGUGCAAAGAAAGGGGAAGUUCUUUUGUUUUUUUAUUCAAGAUUACGAGGGCAUAUGCAUUUAAAAAAAAUAAAGACGUGCACAGAUAAACAAUUGUGACCCUGGAGCACAAAAGCAGUCAUAAGCAGCACAGCUAUAUUUGUAGCAACAGCCAACAAUACAUUGUAUGGGUCAAAAUUAUCAAUUUUUCUUUUAUGCCAAAAAACAUUAGGAUAUUAAGUAAAGAUCAUGUUCCAUGAAGAUAUUUUGUACAUUUCUUACCUUAAAUAUAUCAAAACUUCAUUUUUGAUUAGUAAUAUGCAUUGCUAAGAACUUCAUUUGAACAACUUUAAAGGUGAUUUUCUCAAUAUUUUGAUUUUUUUGCUCCCUCAGAUUCCAGAUUUUCAAAUAGUUGUAUCUCAACCAAACCAUACAUCAAUGGAAAGCGCAUUUAUUCCAGAUUUUGUGGUCCGGGGUCACAAUUUAUAAAAAAAACAAUAAUGACUUUAAGAAAAACCUCAGGACUCAAGGGGAGCGUUAGUUUCCUUCAAAUGCAUCAUUUGUGUGAUUAUUAUUCAGCAACUCAUUUUAAGUCGACUCUUCAAAUUUCAGCUCCAACAUGACAGCGGAUCUAAUCUGAAAGAGAAACAACGCAGCGAGUUUGCGUAGCGUUCUCCAGGUUGUUUGACUGAAUCUGUUCAGUCUGACUGUGAUUCUCGGCACUCAGAAUGAACCGAGCCAAAACCACAGGAUGGUUUCUUAGUGAUCCAAACACAUUUGUCUCAGAGAGAUGAACCGAGAGAACGCUCCUGGAAUCAGGUGCCUUAUUGUCCAUAUUAACAAACCUUUACUCACGAUUACGUGUCACAUAUGCAGUUUUGUUUUACUACGAGGUAAAUUUUGCAUUUUUCCAACAUGGAUUUUGACGAAAGAUUCAAAUUCAAAGAAAUGGAUUCAGUUUUGAUAUCACUGAUUUAAGUUAAUAAUUCCUUAGUUGCAGGUAUCUCCAAGAAAUGAAGGAUAAUUCAUGCAGUUGUUGGAAAAGCAGCACUUUUAUUACGCUGUUUUAGACACGGUACUCAUCUGUUUGAGACGGAUUCACCACCGACACUGUUUUUUUUUUUUUUUUCAGUUUUGCAGGUUUUGUUUACUUGCUCUCAUUCCAAACUUGUUUGAUUUUCUUCUGUGAAACACAAAAUGAGAUGUUUAACCGAAGCUUUCCAUACAACAAAAGUGGACGGUUAUUUAUCCUGCCAAGCUCCAAAUUGGAAAUGCAGCACACGAGUCAACUGGUUUUAUACGAUAUGAUAGUUUUACGAUGCUUUUGUUUAUCCUUUUUGGGAAUUGGACGUAUAAAUCACAGUCCGCUUGCUUUUUGUGGAAAGGAGAAACUUGGACAUUCUGCCUCAAAUUCCCUGUUGGGUUUCAUGGAAGAAUGAAAAUAAUGCACGUCUGGAACAAGAAGAUAUGUAACUGUUUUUUUGGGGUGAACUAUUCCUAAAAUGGUGCAAUUCUGUGGGUUCUGGAAACCAGAGAGAAAUGCAUUAAAUUUGUUAAAUGUGGUCAUAAAAGAAGCUCUGAACUUGAUCAAACACCAUUGGAAAUCUCAGACAAAUCUUGGUCGGUGGUGAAUCGCGGUUUGGAUCUCUUACGAACCCAUCGUGACUUUCCAAAACGCAGAAAGCGAUCAUGUCACCAACACGCCUCACAUGAUGUUUUAUUUUUCUAGAGAAAAGCUCAAAACACUAAUGUAUAACUAGCGUUCUCUUGUUUUUAACCUGUCAGUCAGUGUAGACCGUCUCAUUUGUGUUGAUCUCUCUUUCCCUCGAAUGUCUAUUACACAUUUAUUUUGUGCAUUGUAUGUAGUAAAUGAGAUGUUUUGGAAAAAUCACAAAUAAACAGCUGUAUAUACUGAUGCAUAA